CUUUUUAAUUAUAAGAGGAAAGCAAGCCGAUCUAAAGUGCUUCMUCUAGCUCAGUGUAAGCUCUCAACUGAGCAAAGAUGUCCUCUCUACUUGUCAAAGUAGUCGCUUUUUUAUUCGUAAUGGAUUCCUUUGAAUUCUACAUUGAUGCAAGCAAAGCAAUUCGUUUGCUWUCAGUGGACAAAAAAUCUGGCAAGUUCAUACUUAACCAUGAUGCGUUGUCCCUGCUCAAASAACUUCCUUCUCGAUCUAUAAAAGUAGUAUCCGCCAUUGGUGAUGCCAGAGUUGGCAAAUCAACGGCUUUAAAUUACCUCGCGCACUCGUUAAAUGGUUUUACCAGCGAACAAAAAGUGGRAGAAGUGUUUGAGACAGGAGAUACGAUGGAACCAGUGACGCAUGGAGUUUGGYWGUCGUUAGAGCCCAAGCAAGGUUUUGUAUUACUGGACGUGGAGGGAACUGAUCUCGGCAACGACGAACAAACCACUAAACUAAGUAUAUUCACUGCUCUAAUGUCGUCUUCCUUGAUGAUUUUCAUGAAAGAAGCUCCGUCCAACCACAUUCUUCAGUUCUUGUACAAAAUUUGCCGAGUGAGCGAGAACGUAGUGAAAGAGGAGGACAUGAAGUACUUCCCUCUUUUGCUCCCAGUAAUGAGAGGAAAUCUUAAAGUUCCCAAAGGUUUCUCGUCGACAGCUGAUUACAUCAAAGACGUUUUUACAAAUAUCGAUACACAAGAACAAGAAGGAGUAGCUGUGCAAAGGACUAUAGGCAAAUAUUUCCCAAAGGAGACAAUAAAAGUAUUUGAAUUGCCUUAUGUGGAAAACAUUUCAAAGAACUUUGCAAGCGAGUAUUUUUAUCAAAUCCGCAUGAUUUAUCGCAAUCUACUGAAUGCAUCUCCAGAUAAAAAAACACCGAACGGAGGUCAGAUGGAUGGGAAGGGUUUGGCAUCACUUGCUAAGCUCUUGGUUGACGAAAUGAAUAAUAAUAAAGAC